AUGGGCGCCGUUGCUUGCGCUCCCUUGCAGCCGCCCAUGAUCGCCAGCAGUUCCGGCGGACAGCAGCAUCGCAGGGACAGCAGCAGCGUCAGCAUGCUCUCUGUCGGGCUCAAGCGCGAGCUGUCGCAUCCUCAGUCAGAUACCAACACAGACGCUUCCAGGGCAGAGACGACGUCGACGGCAGAGACAUCCAGGGCGGAGGCCGCGGCCGUAGAGUCUGCGCCGGCCUCAAUGACCGCCAGCUACCAGCAGAGCCACCAGCAGCAGCAGCAGCAGCAGCAUGCUUCUACGGCCAGCCUGCCCAACACCGCGAUACACCAGAGGCUGCCGGAUAGACAGCGGAUGAACGGCCAUGAGAUACAUUCGUACUCCCAGCCUGCCUUUAGGCCCUCGUCGGCCUCUGGCCGUCCGGCUCCAGGCUCUGCGUCGACGACCUCGCCCCCGACGCCCACCCGGAUCAAGGUACGGGACCUCUCGCACAUACAGUCCUUUGCCAGCGAAGAAGCCAUGGCCAGCGCCUCGCAGCAGCACCGGCCGGGCCUGCAGAGACAGUACGAGAUCAGCUCCAUGCCCGUGGCGGACGUGAUCGAGAUGGUGGCUGGCCUGCUCACCAAGAUCACCACCACCAACGACCUCCAGCACGAACACCUACACAGACACAUCCCCAGGGCAGAGCAGCGGUCUCUGCCGCCGCAGACCACCAGCGUGCUCGCCUUCCACGGCAAGAACGUGCCGGGCAUCACCAUCCUCAACUACCUCAGCCGUAUACACAAGUACUGCCCGACCACCUACGAGGUCUUCAUCAGCCUGCUCGUCUACUUUGACCGCAUGACCGAGACCGUCAACUCGCAUCUUCUGCAGCAGAUGCACCGCAGAGCCCAUCUACGGCCUAAUCCCAACCCGUCCAUACGGACCAUGUCCACCUCUUCCUCCAACAGACCGCACACCUCCUCUUCCUCCCCCUUCUUCACGCCCGCCAACCCUUCGGGCAGACGCUUCUCGUCUCGCAGGUCGACCGAGACCUCCAUCGCCCGGGCUGCGGUGAGCAGCAAGCUGCCCACCUCGCCCACCACCGCCGACCUACCCAUGCGUUCUCCCUCGGUCCAGGACGACCACGACGCCGAACACGACCUCAGCGACUCGGACGACGAUCUCUCCGACGUGUCCGACGAGCUCAACUUCUCCCAUUUCCUCGUUGUAGAUAGCUAUAACAUACACCGCCUCGUCAUUGCAGGCGUCACUUGUGCCAGUAAAUUCUUUUCAGACGUCUUCUACACUAAUUCCAGAUAUGCAAAGGUCGGAGGUCUACCCCUCAUCGAACUGAAUCACCUCGAACUCCAAUUCCUACUCCUAAACGACUUCCGCCUCGCUGUCCCGGUUGAGGAGCUGGAGGCCUACGGCACGAUGCUGGUCCAGUUUUAUGCCCGAGAACUAGUUGCCCAGCAGCAGCAGCAGCAGCAACUGCAGCAACCGGGCACACCGCAGCCAGGUUUCAACGCCACGGCCACAAGCGUCAUGCAGAACCAGGGCGAUCCCCAAGCCCAGAACGAGAGAUUUACACCCACACACACAUAA